CAGGGCCGAAGCCGUGGGUCCCUGAGACGCGCGUGCCCACCGGGCCCGGUGGCGGCACCAUGAUGCCGGGCGAGACGCACUCGGCAGCCCCCGGGACGGCCGCUGACCUCUCGCGGUGUCAGGGCUGCGCGUCUCUGCAGCAGAAUUUAAAUGAAUAUGUUGAAGCAUUAAUCACUUUGAAACAAAAAAUUAUCAACACUGAUAAUUUGUUAACAGAAUAUCAGAAGAAAUGUGAUGAGCUGCAGUUUGCAAGAAGAGAGAAUAGUACUCUGCAUCACCAGGUGGAACAGAUGCUGCAGAAAAUCUCGCCUCUGCAGAAAUGUCAGGAAGAGCUGGGGUCUUUAAAAGCAGAGCUGGAGGAGAAGAAGAGUUCUCUGAAGUUGUAUCAAGAUACUCAUCAGGAAUAUACUCGUGUCAAAGAAGAGUGCUUGAAAAGUGACGCUCAGAAGAAGAAACUAGAAGCUAAGGUGAAGAAGCUAGAAGAGGCUGCUGUCAGGCAAACUCAGGACUUCAAGCAACUGAGCAAUGAAAAGAAAAUACUUGAAAAGGAAUUUAAGAAGACACAGGAAAAGCUUGAUGAAUUUUCUAAGCAGAAAAAUGAAAAGGAAUUGAGACAUAUUGGAACACAGAUCUCAAGUGAUUCAUACGGAAGCAUAGAUAAGAGGAAAGUGAAACUGCUCCUGAAGGAACUCUGGCUCUGUGUCAAUACAGCACACAGACUCCCAGGCGAAGGCGGCAGAUGGGUCCUAGGUGAUACAGCGCACAGACUCCCAGGCGAAGGCAGCAGAUGGGUCCUAGAACAGCCUGCCGGAGACAGCACCAGGUGCAAGGCGUCUGGGGAAGGCGGUGCUCUACCUCCAGCACAAAGUGGUCCUCUCAGGACCCCAGACGGACAGGCAUGCCUCGCAGAUUUGUCCAUGGAGCUGGAGGGGGACUUUUCUUCCCAUGAAAAUGUGGAAACAGAGAGGCCCAGUGGAGCUGACGAUAGCGCUGACCAUGCUUUCCACAAGGACAGAAACCCCGAGGUUUCAGUGCAGAGUGCGGCCGACGGUGGUGGCACUGCCGGGUCUGACCAGGAGCAUUGGCUUGAUGAAGACCUUCAAGCUGCAAUUGACUUCUUUAAACUUCCCCCUCCUCUUCUGUCUCCGGUGCCCUCGCCCCCUCUGAUGUCGUCACCGCCCCUGGGCUCCUUAACGUCUCCACUUGCACCGGAAACCUACUUUGGAGAGUAUACAGAUUCCAGUGACAAUGACACAGCCCAGCCUCGAACUUCUGCUGAGUCUGUUUCAGAAGAUGACACAGCUGAACCCCGAGAUUAUUUUGGCUUAUCCAGGAAGAGUACAGGAAGUGGCACAUGGGAGGAAAAGCCCAAAUCCCAGGAGGUCUGCAGAGUGACAGCUGCUGGACCUGAGACUCCAGCAGCAGCACCGAGAGAGCCUUCGGCCGUGCCCUGUGAACGCUGGACCCCGUCAUCUGACUUCACGGCGGGUAGAGAGAGAGACAUUUCAGAUGGGGCAGAAACACAGAUGGAGGUCAGGGAGCUGGAGAGGUCUGUUCAGACUGAGGAGCCCCUUCCCAAGCCCACCAGGACUGUGUGGGUUGAAAAGCUGUCCAGCAACCCAGAGCGAGAAAAGCAAGCUGCCCCUGGGAAGUCCGCCCCAUGUUCUUCUCCCCUUGGCAAGAGGCCACUGAAGGAGCUCACUGAGACGGAACAGAAAACCCUGUUGUCCAAAGGGAUAGGCUCCCCCAAGUCGGAGUUUACUAAGUGGGCCGCACCUGAAGACGUAGCUCCUCAGUCAGACUCUGUAGCCCUGUCUGACCAUUUUCAGGGACUGUCUGGAGAAGCAGCGAAGGCCAGGAACAGUGUGCACGGGUCCAUUAUGGGGGAGUCCUCAGAACCUGAGGACAGCCACGCAGGUUAUACAGUAGAUGCGUCGAGGCCUGAUGCUGGAGCCCAUUUUUCUUCCUCUUCUACCUCAGUAGUGCUGUCUGUUAGCAGAAACCCUCAGUCUUGUCCGUUCCAGCUCGUUAGUGACACAGAUACUCCCACGAAAGUGCUCCCUGCCAAACUGGGUCCUUCAGAGCAGAAACUGCAACCAGAAACCUUGAACACACUGCACCUGCAGUCUGAGCAGGCAGAACGGCCUGGAGGGGGCCGUGACCUGGGAAGGGGCUCGCGCGCUCUGAGCCCUGCGUGGGGAGCAUCUGAUGUUAAUGACCCGAAAAAUAGUGCGAGAGAGUGUACGAAAAUUAUAAACAGCAUGACCAACGUCUGUUCAUUUCCUCAUUCAGUGUUUAUGAAAGCAACAAAGGAUGGACAAUGUGAAAGUCAGGAUCCAAGAAUUGAACUCAUGCUUCCAAAGUCAGGUUUCACAUCAGUAAUAGAUUCUCGAGCUGACUCAGUCAAGAGUGCCUCUGGUUUUGUUAAAAGCACUUCCUGGCACCACAGUGAUUUAUUAAGAAGACGUGGUGAAGAAAUUCUGAAAGCUAAACUAGAACAUGAACAAAAGACUGACCAUCAGCUACAAAAGGGGAUCCCAUCCAUGCAAAAUAGAGGAGCAACAUCCAAUCUUGAACUUCCUGGGGAAAACACUAAUCCUGUAGAAUUCAAACCUACCGCAUCUCUGUUGCCUAAUCAAGUGUCUGUUAUCAUGAAGCAGUCAAGGCCUGAAAAGGGUCAGGGCGCUAAAUUGGAGCCCUUGAGACUGCACAGGAGUGAGCCUGCUCUCGGAGCCGAGCGCAGUGAUCGUGAAGCUGACCGCGCUGCACCUGUAGCCAAGUGCGCUGCAGAAGGAGCCGGCAUAGCGCUGAGCAUCCAGGAGGCGUCCGUGAGAAGCACUUCACCAGAGGUCUCCACCUCUUGGAGGAAAUCAGAUUGCGAUUCUCCAGGUGGUUCUUUACCAGUAGAAAGCGUGGGUUGUUCCACAAAUAGGACAUUAUCUUUCUCUUCUGAGAACAUCCCUGUCCGAACCCAAGACGUGGUGAGGGAGGCCGCAGCGCAGGGAGAGGUGCAGAAUAACAGGCCAUUUCCACAGACCACGGAUCCGGACUCCAGCGGGGUGGAAGGCAGCGGGUUGCCUCCGGCCUCCGCAUCAGCAGCACCUGGAGGCUUUCCUGAUGAAGAAACACUCUGUGGAGAGGCAGCAAGGUCCGGAAGCGAGGCCCUGGCUGUGGCAAAGGAUUCUCCUGGCACACCGCCGAACGCUCGUGGUCUUCUGAAGUCGCCAUCGAAAGCUCGUGGUGCCCUCCCUGAGUGCCUCGUCACCGCAGGCAGUGCCGCUUCUUCAGCAUUUUCUAGAAAAGACGAGGAAGCCCCGGACGCGGCCCCGAGUAGCUUCCCUGGUACUUUGUAUAGUUACACAGGCAUUCGGGAGGGAGGAGAGGAUGACACCGAGGUAGAGGAGAGUGAGGCCUUCAGCUGCAGUGAGGGUGAGCAGGACCCUGAGGCCGUGGUGGGGAGCACCCAGCAGGAUGCUCCAGACGCCUCUCAGAGAGGCGCAGGAGCUGCAGAGCCUGGCGCGGCCGAGGCGGGACCUUCCGUGGAAGUGGGCCGUUUGACCUCAGCUCUUCAGGAUUGUAACAUAAGUGCUUUUCCUGACAUAGACAGACUCUCUACAUCUGAGGUCGUGCUGUUUCUUGAAAGUUGUCAACUGAAGGAUUAUAAUUCGGGGGACUCCGUCUCAGAAUGUUCUAGCAAAGGAACCCUGCAUAAAGAAGUGAACAAGGAAUUAAAGCAAAGUGCACUGUCAGGAGGAGAGGCGAGAGAGGGACCCUGUGAGGAAGCAGCACUUGGUGCCUCUGAAGAGUGGGUCGAAUCAGAGGAUGAGGGCGAGUCCUUAAAAAAUGCAAGUCAGCUGGCGCCGUGUUCUCUGGAGACCCUGUCUGACGUCCUCACCAAGAUUGGGCAGGAACUGCAGAUCAAUUAUGAGGGCUGUCAGGAUCACUCUGGGAAUCUGUUCUUAAAUAUAAAUAGCAGCCUGACCACUGAGAAAUUAGAAGGAAAAGUCCCCUCUCAGGAAGUGGCUAGCUCUUCCUCUCAUGCCCCAGAACUGCUCCCGCUGCUCGCCAGUGUGGGUGCCAGAAGCAGCUCCCCUGUUCCGGAUGGGUCUCGCGAGCGCAUCCAGAGCAGGCCUGAGGAGGCCAGGCAGGCAGAUGGCGGCGAGGCAGCCCUGUGCCCUGCCUCUGCAGCAGAGCCCACGACGGAGCAGAGCUCGAGGGAGGCCGAGACGACCUUCCAGUGUCAGAUAUCGACAGUGACCUCGGAAGUCAUUAACGUCCUUAUAAAUAAGGAUCAGAACCUGGUCAUUGAAAAGGGGGACAACUGGACCAUCAUCAGUGGUGUGUCCGUCAGGCCCGAUGUGGACCAGGUGAUAGUGUGUGCGACUCCUGAGGACCCUGCUCCUCGGGACCCGGGGGAGCUGGAAGCUGAGUCCAUUUCGGAGGCUUCUGUGGAGAAGUCCCCAGACACGGAUGCCGCUGGCCCUGCGUGUCGGGAGCCCCUGUGUGGCAGCACCCUUCCCUGUGAGGAUGUUUCAAGCAGUGGUCAAAGCGCCAACUUUGAUAAAAGUCGUUUGCGGAAUAGACCUGUUAAGCCUAGCAUAUGGAUUAGUUCUCAAAUAUACGAUCAGACCUUUGAGACUCAGGUUGCUGCGUCUGAUCACACGUAUUACAACUCCAAACUGGAGCCAUGUGGCAAAAACAAGAAUCGAUCCAAGAUUGCAAACAAAGAGCCAUCGAACAAGCCAGCCAAGACUUUAGCAUCAAACAAAGUGGAAACUCAUCCAAGUGAAGUUUCUCAGUCCUGUUCAGGUGAAAGAAGUAACGUCAAAACCCCAAGAAACCAGACUCAGCCUGUUCUAGCCAAUGCCGACACCUCUACUCCCACGGAGUGCUCUCCUGACACUCUGAGUAAGAUACGGCAAGAGGUGGGGCCCCCUCUGCCGCCUCUGCUGGCUCCUCUGGUAGCUACACCUCCAAGGACUUCACAGCCGCUUUCUCCUCUCAUUUCCAGUUCUAGCCCUUCCUCACCAGCCUCUCCCGUCGGCCAGAUUUCUCCCUUAUGUGAUACCCCAGCGCCUCCCGUGCUGUCUCCAUGGCUGGAAGACCCCAGACACAUCUCUCCCCCAGGUCCGUCUCCAUCUCCGUCUCCGUCUGCCGCAUCAGCUGGCGAGAGGGUAGUGUCUUCGCCCCUGCAGUUUUGUGCAGCCACCCCGAAGCACGCGCUUCCUGUGCCUGGCCGACUCCCAGCCUGCGCGCCCAGUCACACUGCCGUGGGGGCGCCUCCUCAGGAGAAUUCUGUGAAGAUCCUGGACACCAUGUAUCCAGAGUUGUCUGCCAGGGCCCGCACCCUGAACCUCCUCAAGGGGAACAUUCAGCGCGCCCGAGGUGCGUCUGCAGACUCCAAGAACUUACCGGGGUCUGUCAGUGCUCUGCUAGGGUUCAAGGCAAUCACUUCAGCAUCAACUGCUUUCGUCAAGGCAGGAGGUAGCUCUGCCGGUGACGCCCGCCAGGAGAAGUCAAGGGCUUCGGGAGCGCAGCAGGAUGCAGGUGGGAAGAGGACGUUGUCCACAUGUACACCAAGGAGUGCCAAGAGGCUGCGCCUGGGCAGCGGCUCCCCAGAACCAGAGAGCAGGGAGUCCAGUGCAGGAGUCCACAGGAGCCUCCAGAGGAACCUCCCUCAGGCUGAAGCUGGAGCCACAGAGGAGGAGAGCAGUUCUGUUCGAGCUGUCAACACAGAGUCACGGUUGCCUUCAAAACCCAAAGAAACUGUGGAGUCCCAUGACAAAGCCAUAGCCGAUGCACUGAAGAAAAUUGCAGAGUCGUCCUUUGAUCUGUUGCCUGUCAUUCGUAGCCAUGUGUAUGUGGGCAAUAUCUCCAAAAAGCCAGUGAUGAGAGAUCAAGAGAAGGAAGUCGUCUAUGAAUUCAGCACAACAAAAAAGCAUCUAGCAGAGUGCUUGCUUCACUCUAUUCUCUCAGAACUGAAAAUUCAGAAGACGUCUCUGGACCACAGUUACAUCCACGCCCUUUGCAGGGUCUACGUGGGUAUCUGUCGGCAGCUUGGAGACUUAGAGCGAGCACGCCUGUUUUGCUACAGCCUCCUCAAGGAAGAUUUCCCAGAGUCUGAGAAACUGACUUUGUUUAUUGCAAACAUGUGGCAUGACAUAUUUCUCUCUCAAUCAGUGAUUAAUAAAGCAAUGCAGUUAGUAGCCCGGCAGCGAGCGAAAGGAGAGGUUCUGAACUGUUUGAGAGCUUUUCUCAAUUGGGAAAAGAAUGCUCCUGUAGAUGUGGGGUUUAUGGUCUCAAAGCUACUUUUGACUAUACAGCUAUGUCCAAAAACAGAAUUUCAGUCCAGUGAGAAAUUUGGUGAGGACUUAAAUGACCACACUUGGGAGUACAUAUUUGCCAUUGACCUGCUCUGCUGCCACCAGAAGUGGAUUUGGACGCAUGAUAACAUCAUAAGUAAGGAGCUGUGGCCUGUCAUGGAUAAGUGGAUCAAGCACAGAAAAGGACAUGCGAACAUCGCACACACUCCUGAUGUCAUCAUAGCAUCAGUCCUGCGGCUCAUAGGGCGUUUGGGCCAGUUGGGUUUGAAGGAAGGAUUCCCAUCUGCUGUGAAAAAUAUUAGUUCCGUUAUCGGGAUGUUCAUACAGCAUGCUCAGGAUGAAGAUAUACCGUGGGGUGUACAGUUAGCAGCUGUCUACGCACUUUGUGACCUGAGUCCCAGCAAUCCGGCGGAAAUAGCCAAGAUCCUGGACGCCUGGCGGAGAGAGGCUUCCAGCAGCAUCCCGUCUGCGGUCGCCAGCUACCUGGAGGAGGUCAGCUCCCUGAGCGCAGAGGGGCUCGGCUGAGCGCGGCGUGGCUGCGGUGAGAAGUGCCUUGACUCGGAGCAGACGUCCACGCUCUCGGAAAGCACACCGAGGAGCAGAGAACAAAGACGGGAAUCGGAAUCGGUAGCACGGCAGGAGGCGCUCUGCCCGCUCGCCAGGAGACAGGAGACACAAGCGGUUGCCCCGUUUCUCCCUAAAUGCAUUUCCUGUACGGCUGUUGUGAUCCUGUGAUGUAUGGGUUGUGUUGUGUCUUGGUCAAACGAAAACUUGAACUUCGCCCUUUUUUUGCUGCAGAAAGUGUCCUUUUAGUGGCUUUUUUAAAUUGAGUGCUGUUUUAUAAUGAACUUAACAGUAAAACAUGAUUUGGUUCCUGAGCUAUUUUUGGACUUUGUGUGCAGAUGAGUAACUAGGACAAAGGUAAUCGGCUCACGAAACAUCCAGGAGUCUUCCGCUGUCUCACUGGAAACGGGUGGCAGCCACGUCUCCCGAGGUGUCGUAUCCGCCAGAGCAGAGCGCGGCGUCCUGCGGGCCCUCUGCUGCGCUGCCUUCUGUCUCCCAGGCCCCUCCGGACAUGUAGCCGUCAGGCAGCGGAGCCCGGGGCGCAUGCUCCCGGAGGGAGGGCUUCGUGCCAGCAGCGGGCGCGGGGCGCGUGCCGUGUACAUAGGGACAGUGCUAUGUAUGAUGUGUCUCACAUUGGAUGAUGUUCCACUUUGGGAAUUUUAGUAUUUGUAUAUAGAAACUGGGUUUAAUAACUCACCGUGAUUCUGAUUUGUCUUAUAUUCAUCAUUUCUUAAAACUCUUGUAUGUGUUUUUUAUAAUAAAAAAUAAAAGUAA